GUUUUUUUGUUCAAAUUUGUUUGGUGCUGCACACGAUUUGGAUACCCAGUUUACAACCGGUCGUAAAAACUAUACUAACAUCGAAACUACGAGUUUAAAAAUCCGGUUUAUAAAUAUGGUUUUGGAUAUGGAUAUGGAUAUGGAUAUGGGUUGAAUUGUAAAACUAAUUAUUUUGCACACCCUCCCAAUCCAAGAAAGAUUCUUCUCCUCGAGAGUUAAUUGGUACCUUCCCUAAUUCUGUAGUUGUAAUCAAUGACUACACUUCAAAGUCAGGGUGGAAAAGAAACUGCUACAGUCCAAAAAUCAGCUUCGGCUUUCAAAAGAUGGGGCAGAAAAGGCCCUUUUCUUAGAUAUGGUCUUCCCAUGAUCUCUCUUACUGUUUUUGGUGCUCUUGGCCUUGGCCAUCUUUUGCAGGGCAGCAAGGACAUUGCAAGGGUAAAAGAUGAUAAGGAAUGGGAAAUAAUUGAAGCCAGAAAAACACUGUUUAGAACAGGACCAGUAAAUGCAUACAAGCCAAAAAAGAUUUCAUUGGAGGAUGAGCUUAAGGAUUUGCAACAAAAGGUAGACAUUAAUGACUAUGAGUACAAGACUAUUCCUAAACCAAAUGAAGACAGGCGCAUCUAGACUGGAGCUGUGAAAUUGAAAAAACAUGUCCGAAAUUCUCAUAUGCCAAAAUCUCAAAAAUCAAUUUUUAGGGAGUUAUGAGCCAGUUCAUCUUGAAUAUGUAGUUAUUGUUGUCUCUUUAGAGUUUUGACUUUUGACUAGGUGACUGAAUUUAUGGAAGAGAUAAUUGGGGUAAAUUUUGUCUAUGUCUGGAAAUUUUGGGUAUCAAGGGUUUUUAAGUACUGUAAGGUGAACAGAAAAAAGUACUUGUUUGGUUCUACUUUAAUAAUGGUGAAAAAAAGAGUAAAUGUGUGUUCACUUUCUUGUCA